GCAUAAGCAGUUUUGUGUAGGUCAUAGUCAUGUGACAGCAUCUCUGGUCCUAGCUUCGUCUUUGGGAAGGCUGGGAAAGAGAGCUGAGCAAACCUCCAUUCUCUGCAAUCACUUGGGGACAAUUCAGACCCUCCUCACAGAGCCACUGUGGGAAUGAAAGAAGUGAAGCCAGGGAUGGCGGCUAGCACUCUGAGGCCCUGAUCAAGUCCCCUCCCCUGUGGCUGGUCAGGAUGCUCACCCACUGACUUGUACUCUCUGAAUUCUGAGCACCGGGGCAUCACCUCACUGUGUGGUGUGUAGGUCAGGUGGAAUUGUGCCAGGCAGCCCUGCCACUCACUAGCAACGUGAUUAGAGACCCGAACAGUCACAUCUUGUAGACCAGGUGAACUCUCACCACAUAGGUCCUCCUGUUAUAGCAGCUGUUACACACAUGGGGUAAACAGAGUUGUACAGAGCUCAAGUGACCCUGUCCCCUCAGUGGCUCUGAGUGUCAGGGCUUGGCAUUUGAACCACACAAUGCUCAUUCACUGAGUUGACCCUGAAGACUGGAUUGCCACACAUAGGAGACAAGAUCUACAAACUGCUUAGCUGGUGCCUGGCACGGAGCCCUCAGAAAUGUUCAGGCACGAGAGCCUAAGAGUAAGAUGGCUAGACCCUCUGAGUUUCCUGUUGGCAGCUGAACCUGGCUGUUCCCAGGGACCCUUCCCACCCCACAGAGAGCUUCAGACACCUCCCUCCCAGCCUCCUAGAUCGACAGCCCAUGACUUAGGUGACUGGGCGUGGAGCCAGGAGGUGGGGACCAGGCUCAGGCAGGCUCCCCAGGUUGUAGCGUGAAAUUAAAAGGGAGGAGAGAGCACCAACCCAUUAGAACGCACGCUCCUACCCGGCAGCCAGGUGUCCCCAAGAAGAGCUGGGGAGCCGGGGAGGCAGCCGGGGCUUGUGGCUGCUGGGCACCCGAGGUAGCCCGACCAGAAGGCUGGGGAUCUGGGAGCAGGAUGGCCUCCCAGAGGGCUGUGCAGCUUUCUCUGAAGAAGCCCACUCACGCCGUGUGUGUGGUCGGUGUGGAGACUCUGGUGGAUGUCUACAGUGAUGUGCCCAGGGGUGCCAACACCUUUGGGGUGUCUGGGAGCUCUGAGGUGAAGAUCUACAUGGUCUAUGAUCCUGCACGGGUCGCGGAGCCCACAGGCCGGGCCCACUGGCCCCUGGAUGCCAACGUGGAUGUGGUGGUGGUGGCGGACACAGUCAGUAAGGACAUGAAUGACCUCAAGGUGAAGGUGUCAUACUUCGGGUCGCAGGAGGCUGGUGCUCUGGGCCACAGCAUGCUCUUCCUCACUAGUGUUGAUGUGUCCCUGGAUGCUGACACAGGCCGCACAGGCAAGGUGAAGAGAGGCUCGGGUGACAAGAAAACCUGGCGCUGGGGCUCUGGGGGCUCUGGGGCCAUCCUGUUGGUAAACUGUGACAGAGACAUCCGUGGGUCCAGGGAGGAUCUGCAUGCCAGCCAUCUGAGGUCACUGGAGGACCUGCAGGACAUGUCCCCAAUGGUGCUGAGCUGCAGUGGCCCCGAUGAGCUCUUUGAAAGCCACAAGCUGGUCUUGAAGGUGUCUUUGCCUGAUUCCAGAAGGUUGAGGGUCUUCUGUGCCCGAGGUGGGACCUCCCUCUCAGACUACAAGCAGGUGCUAGGACCCUACCACCAGGAAUAUGAGGUAGAGCGGCACCCCGGGGAGGGCAACAUCCGGUUCUAUGUGGAAGGACUUGUUUUCCCUGACACCAACUUCCCAGGGCUGAUCUCUCUCAGCGUCAGCCUGGUAGUCACAGAGGCCCUCUCCGAGGUGUCACUCUUCACAGACAGCGUGACCUUCCGAGUGGCCCCCUGGAUCAUGACCCCCAACACCCAGCCACCCCUGGAGCUAUACGUGUGCAGUGUGACAGAUGCCCAUGGCCGCAAUGACAAAUUCCUGGAGGACAUGGCCCACCUGGCCCAGAAGGCCAACUGCAAGCUAGUGGUCUGUCCCCAGGUGGAGAAUAACAAUGAUCGCUGGAUCCAGGACGAGAUGGAGUUUGGCUAUAUUGAAGCCCCUCACAAAUCCUUCCCUGUGGUCUUCGACUCCCCUCGAAACAGAGGUCUGAGGGACUUCGCCCUUAAGAAGAUCCUGGGUCCUGACUUUGGAUAUGUGACCCGAGAGAUCCAGUACGCAGGCGCCUCUGGCCUGGAUUCCUUUGGCAACCUGGAUGUGAGCCCACCGGUGAGGGUUGGCAACAAAGAGUACCCGCUCGGCAGAAUCCUUAUCGGCGGCAACUUCCCCAAGUCCAGCGGGCGGCGGAUGGCUAGGGUGGUCCGUGACUUCCUGCAGGCCCAGCAGGUGCAGGCCCCGGUGGAGCUCUACUCCGACUGGCUCUCCGUGGGCCAUGUGGAUGAGUUUCUGAGCUUCGUGCCCACCUCUGACCAAAAGGGCUUCCGGCUGCUCCUGGCCAGCCCCAGUGCCUGCCUCCAGCUGUUCCAGGAGAAGAUGGAGGAGGGCUAUGGGGAGGCAGUGCAGUUUGAUGGCCUCAAACACAAGGCAAAGAGAAGCAUCAACAGCAUCUUAGCGGACGAACACCUCAGGAGGGACAGCACGCACGUGCAGAAAUGCAUCGACUGGAACCGGGAGGUGCUCAAGCGAGAGCUGGGCCUGUCGGAGAGCGACAUCGUGGACAUCCCUCAGCUCUUUUAUCUGAAGGGAGCCUACGCGGAAGCCUUCUUCCCUGACAUGGUCAACAUGGUGGUCCUAGGCAAGUACCUGGGCAUCCCCAAGCCCUUUGGGCCCAUCAUCAAUGGCCGCUGCUGCCUGGAGGAGAAGGUGCGCUCCCUGCUGGAGCCGCUGGGAUUAUACUGCAUCUUCAUCGAUGACUUCCUGUCCUACCACCAGCUGCUCGGGGAGAUCCACUGUGGCACCAAUGUGCGAAGGAAACCUUUCUCCUUUCGGUGGUGGAACUCAGUGCCCUGAGUCUGCCCGGCCACCACCCUUGCUGCCCUUUCGAUGGGCAUGCAGGGCAAGGAUGAGGGACAUGGACCAGCCUCCACCCUCCUGGGGCCUGUGGUCGGCCGGAGUGACUCCAGGGGGACACCACACUUCUUUGUCUCUGGAGCGGUCUGUCCUGCCCAGGGACAUCAUCACUCUUCCCUCUCCUGUUCCCAGCCACAGCCCCCAGAGGGUCAAGGUCAGCAGCUGAGCCUGUCCAAGGCAUGGCCUCUGCAGGCACACCCCACCAGGAGUCUCUCCCCUUUGUUUGACUACCUCUCUGGGACUGGAAACAAUAGCUUUGGGGCUGUUUCAGAAAUGCUCACCAUGCCUGGACCCUGGGCUGAGAGCAUCAUGGUUCCACAUGACUCCUGGACUGUGUAAGAUGAAAAGGAAGAUUUGGGGCAUUCUUUUUCCUAAGGGGACUUCAGGCUGUGGCCCUUACACACCCUUCUGCUGUAUGUAAGCAGGCAAGGGCCGGAAAGGCCAGGGCCCUGAACGGGAGCAGGCACCAAGGCCCCUUUAAUGCCCUACUCCAUCCACUCCAUCCUCCGCAGGAUGCUUGUUACUUGUUGGGGCAGCCUUUAAUUAUGAGACCUGUUGCUUCCGGUUGGAAGGCAGGCUCUGGGGAGCAUAGGGAGGCCCCUGGGGUGGGGGAAGGGAGGGGCAGGCAGGAAGGCCUGAACAGGAAAUCAAAUAGGUUGCCCAUCUUGGGGUGGGGAACCUGGAAGCCUGGGACUCCUAGCUGAGCAUUUGGGGACCCUGAAUCUGAAUCCUAAGGCUGCUGGCUGUUCCAGAUGUGAAGGGGGUGGGGCCCAAGGUGUUAGGAGAGGGUGGGGCAGACCAUUAAGUUACAUCUGGAGGUGGGGCUUAAUUUCCUCUAAUAGUCUCUAAUUACUCCCCAACCUGCUGCAGGCAGUGGGAGGGGAGGGCCCACACUUCCUCAGCAGCCUGGGACCCUGCACAACACUUGCACUGCCCUAGUAAACCCAGUGGCAGGCCUGUGUCCCCCUCCCACGGUAGGACAGACAGCUGCCCUGGAGGCUAAUAGUACCGGGUGAGGUCACAGAAGCAUGUGUAGGCAGGCAAGCAGGUAGACCAGGCUGGCUGCAGGGCACGGCUGGCAGAGGGAGCUGGCUGCUCCCUUCCUCCUCCGGUCAAGGAGCCACACCAGGCUGCCAGCCUCUGGAUUCUGUCUUUGCAUUUUUAGUAACUUCUUGUGGAAUCCCAGACUUGAGGCAGCUGCUGUAACUUUGUAGCCACUGGACGUUCAGUUAGCAAAGGCUCCCAUGGAACUGUUAGGAUGGACUUGGCCAGGUAGUGAUUGGCUCCUCCCCUCUAGAAGGUUCUAUGGAAUUGGAAGCCCCUUUAUAGGCUCCUGACGCUGCCGCCACCCUCCUCUAUGAUCAUGACCCAGCUGUGGCUGAGCCACGGAGAAGGAGAAAAAGAGGAAGAGCAGGCUUGGGGGCAGGGGCUGGCCUCUGAAGAAGAGCCUGCUGAGCCCUGGCGAGCAUGGGAGCAAGCCUCCACAGCCUCAUGAGGGGACCCUGGAGUUGCUGCCCAGGCUGUCUGGGGUCCUGGGUGACUGGCCACCCUCUUUCUGAUCAAUAAAAACAUCACUGUGCAUUCUCUAA